AUGAAAACCAACGCAGACUUCACCGGAGAACCGCCGUUGUGCGCGGCGGGCUGUGGCUUCUAUGGAGCCCGAGAGCACCACGACCUCUGCUCCAAGUGCUACGCCGCUUUCCUCAAAGACCAAGUUGCGAAAUCCGCUGCUGCCGCCGCCGCCGCCAAGGCAGCCAUGGGACGACAACCGUCGAACUCGGCUUCCAGGGUCGCGGCUUCUUUAGAUGAUAUGGCUGCUUUGUUUAGCGAUCUGACUGUCGACACUUCAACCCCGAUGACGAGCAAGAAGAAGAAUAGGUGCGCAGCAUGCAACAAGCGCGUCGGUUUACUAGGAUUCGAGUGCCGCUGCGGCAACGUGUUCUGCGGGGCACAUCGGUACCCGGAAGAACACGGUUGCGAUGUUGAUUUCAAGACGGCGGCGAGGCGGAGAUUGUCCAAGGAGAAUCCUGUCUGCAAGGCCGACAAGAUGGAUUUUAGAAUUUGA